GGCGCAAUAUGCACGAGCCGGAGGGGAGGGGAAAAAGAAGAGGAAUCCAAGGAGGUGGGGCGGUCCCGGAGCCGGUGGGUUCUGCUUCCGUUUCCGCCCUGAAGACACGUGAAGGUCGGUGGGUUGUUGCGGCUUGCGGUCUCGGGCUUUUCGCGGGGCCAGGUCGGCAUGGAUUCCUCAUCGUCCAUGACGGGGCUGGGCUCGGUGGACCCGCAGCUGCAGCAUUUCAUCGAGGUGGAAACUCAGAAGCAGCGAUUUCAGCAUUUGGUGCACCAAAUGACUGAGCUGUGCUGGGUGAGAAGCUGGGGGCCUGGGUCCCUCCAACCUUUCUUUCUUGCUCUGCCCUCUGCCCAGCGUCAGGGACACGGGGAGGAAAAGUGCAUGGACAAACCUGGGCCCAAGUUGGACAGUCGAGCCGAAACCUGCUUUGUGAACUGCGUGGAACGGUUUAUUGACACAAGCCAGUUCAUCCUGAACCGAUUGGAGCAGACACAGAAGUCCAGGCCAGCCUUCUCAGAAAGUUUGUCUGACUAAUCUCAGCACAAUCAUCUGUUCCAUUGACAAAGGAACUCUAUAGUUCAAGAAGAACUGUGAUGGGAUGAUUGUAAAAGAAAAGGCUGUGAGGAGAUUGACUCCCAGCUUAUAUCCCAGCCUUGGGGUGUUCUGUCACCUGAAUGAGCAGAGAAGUUUUGUGAGUUUGGGGUUGUGUUUUGUUUUGUUUCAAAAUGCCAGUUUUGUGAAAAAUAUGGACAGUUGAAUAGAAGACUACUAGCUACACUUAAACUGUACCCAGGGCUAUGUUCUUAAUGUUCCAUUGGCUUCUUUGUAGGUGUUCAAAUUGGGACCACAUGGGUAGACUCCCUCAUCUGUAUCUGUGUUCAUUUCAAACCUGUGGGAGGGUGGGAUCGAGAGAACACUCUUUGUAUCUGGCAGCAGGAGGGGAGAAACUAUUUGGUACUGCUGUUUCAGGUCUCCUUAUCUAUUUUAUGACUAUCAGGGCUGGACAGAGCUCUAAUACAGUACCAGACUAUACACCUCACUUCCAGUGGUAUGUCCUCUUCCUUUACUGUGACUUAUUUUAAAUACCUGUAUGUAAUAGGUCUCAGUAGACAAUGCUGAGAAGCUGGAGACCUUUGGAUAUGGAGAAAUCUAGCUUAAUUAUCUAGUUGAACAUAACUUUUGCCUUCCUCUUGGCAUCUCCAAAUGAGAGUAGCUUGCCCUGAGUUUCAGAGUAUUAAAUGACUGAAAGAUGUGCCUCAAUUAACUGAAAAGGUUAAAACCAGCCACCACCCCAGUCAGCCAUAGUUUCAGGUAGAGGGGCAUACUUAAUGUAUUGGUUCAUUGUUUCAUUUACUGCAAAUCUUCUGAUCACUGAAAUAAAAACCUUUGCCUCAGGUUGACACAUUA